CUGUCUCCCCGAUUAUACUUGAUAUGGCAUUAUUUUAAACCCCAUUGAUUACACGGAGCUCGCACAGUCACACCGGAACUGAUAGAGAGUGCAGGUGCAAUCACCACAGUAGGUGUUUCGGAGAGGAAAAUUUUAACAGACAAGCAAAGUAUCUCUACAAUGGAGCGUUGGGCAGGUCGUGUUGCCGUGGUAACGGGAGCCAGUGCUGGGAUAGGAGAGGCCAUCGCCCAGGAACUCGUCAAGAAAGGGCUCAAGGUGGUCGGACUGGCGCGCAGAGUGGACAGAGUCGAAGCUUUGAAAAAUUCCCUCAAAUCGGCAGCAGGGAAAUUAUACCCAUUAAAGUGUGACGUAAGCAAUGAGUCAGAGGUCAGGGAAGCCUUCAAGUGGAUCAAGACCAACGUCGGGGGAGUGGAUAUCCUCGUCAACAACGCGGGAGUAGCAUCCUUCAGUAGCCUCAUAGAUGGACCAACGGAGUUGUGGAGAAAAAUCUUUGAUCUCAACGUCCUGGGUCUCAGUGUGUGCACCAAAGAAGCGCUCCAGUCCAUGAAGGAGAGUGGAGUGGACGACGGACACAUCAUCCACAUCAACAGCAUAACUGGACACAGACCUCCCACGCACAUAGGCUUACAAAUGUAUACUGCCUCCAAGCACGCCGUUACAGCGCUAGCUGAGGGUCUUCGUCUUGAACUGGUGAAGCUGAACUCGAAGAUACGGGUCACUAGCGUGAGUCCUGGAGCUGUACUUACAGAAAUAGCAGAGGCGUCGGUCUUCCCGAAAGAAAUGAUUGAACCUCCCGAAAAGAAGCCUUACCUACAAUCGAAGGACAUCGCGGAUGCCGUGAUAUACGUUCUGGGAACCCCUACACAUGUCCAGAUCCACGAAUUGAUCGUAAAACCAGUUGGACAACAGUACUAAGAGAAAAGAUACAUUUUUAUUGAACAAUAAUUGAAUAUUUCGGCACGGCAGUCAUUUUAAGUAAAAUACUGAUGUGAUGUUUAAAAACACUGUACUAGCUUCGAAUAAUGGAUUAAUAAUAAACGAAAUUUGUGGGUAAAAAUA